UAUAUAAAAAACUGAGGCAAUGCCAAUAUCAAGAUUAUGGCCGCUAUAUAAAGGCAUCACUCGUGAAUUUCAGAUUCCAUUCCAAGUGUGUCUUUGUAGGCAAAGGGCACAGCAUAGCACACCAUUCUAGCGCGAAUACGGAGCCUAACCAGUCGGAUAUACAGGAUUUGUUGGAAGAAAAUAGUGAGAUAUGGUUGGUAGCGCGAUGGGGAUGGGUGAAAUCAAUGGUGGGGCUGAGGUUUUGAUCGGAAAUUUUGAUACAAAUGUUGUGUUUUCUGAACCUCUGCCUUCGUUGGCGGAGAACAACAACGGCGUGGAUCUCAAUGGACAACAACAUGGAGACUCGAAUCAGAAAGGGAAGAGGGAGAUUGUACUUGGUAGAAAUGUUCAUACCACUUGCUUAUCCAUCACCGAGCCUGACGCUAAUGACGAGUCUACAGGCGAUAAGGAAGCUUACAUGGCUAGCGUCUUGGCUCGCUAUAGAAAGAAUCUCCUCGAGAGGACUAAAUAUCAUUUAGGGUACCCUUAUAAUUUGGACUUCGAUUACGGUGCUUUAGGGCAGUUGCAGCAUUUUUCUAUUAACAAUCUAGGCGAUCCGUUCAUUGAAAGUAAUUACGGUGUGCACUCGAGGCAGUUUGAGGUUGGGGUGUUGGAUUGGUUUGCUCGCCUUUGGGAGAUUGAAAAAAAUGAGUAUUGGGGAUACAUUACAAAUUGUGGUACGGAAGGCAAUCUUCAUGGGAUUCUCGUUGGGAGAGAAGUUUUGCCGGAUGGGAUUCUGUAUGCUUCUCGGGAAUCUCAUUAUUCCGUUUUCAAAGCCGCUAGAAUGUAUAGAAUGGACUGUGUGAAGGUUGACACUCUUGUAUCUGGUGAGAUCGAUUGUGUUGACCUUAGGGUCAAGUUGCUUGCUAACAAAGACAAACCAGCUAUACUCAAUGUUAAUAUUGGAACCACGGUGAAGGGAGCUGUCGAUGAUCUUGAUCUCGUGAUACAAACACUUACCGAAUGUGGGUUUUCAAAAAAUCGGUUCUACAUCCAUUGUGAUGGGGCAUUGUUUGGACUUAUGAUGCCUUUUGUCAAACGUUUGAUGGCACCAAAGGUCUCGUUUAAGAAGCCCAUCGGAAGUGUGAGUGUUUCUGGCCACAAGUUCGUUGGAUGCCCAAUGCCCUGUGGUGUUCAGCUUACAAGGUUGGAGCAUAUAAAUGCCCUCUCCAGCAAUGUUGAGUAUCUAGCUUCAAGAGAUGCCACGAUCAUGGGAAGUCGGAAUGGCCAUGCCCCUAUCUUCCUUUGGUACACCCUCAACAGAAAAGGCUAUAAAGGUUUUCAAAAGGAAGUCCAGAAGUGUCUCAGAAAUGCACACUACCUGAAAGACCGGCUUCUUGAUGCCGGAAUUAGUGCGAUGCUGAAUGAACUCAGCAGUACAGUUGUGUUUGAACGACCCCGAGACGAAGAAUUUAUCCGAAGGUGGCAGCUAGCUUGCGAAGGAAAUAUUGCCCAUGUUGUAGUAAUGCCCAAUGUUAGCCAAGAGAAACUGGACGAUUUCCUAGCCGAAUUGGUUGAGAAACGCUCAACUUGGUACGAAGAUGAAAACGUUCAACCUCCUUGUGUCGCAGCAGAGUUGGGAAGUGGGAGCUGUGCUUGUAAGUUGCACAGGCGUUGAUAUGCUUUUAUGGAAGUUGUAUUCGGUUGUAUUGCUUGUUUGGUAGUGAAACUCUAGAUUCACUUGAAUUUUGGUGUUAUCAUAGUCGUGUUUUGAGUAUAUUAAUAAAUCACUAUAGGCGUGUAUUCACGAAUUCCUCUCUCGAAUAUUGAGGAUUUUAAUGAAUGGCUCUAGUAGUAAUAUGUUUA